AUGGGCGAGCUACUCCUCGAGAAUCGGAAGCUCGAGCACCGGCUCUGUGAGCAUUGUGACCACACCUUUUGGGCUCAACUUCAUGUGCCACCUCUGGGUGCAAACAAUGCUAUCCUGCGCAAUCGAUACCUUCUGGCGGCCACCGACAGCAUGCCUGCUCUCGAGCGCAGCAGGGCGUCGACUCAGAAGUGCCUUGCUGACCUUGACCUGGAGAUUGAAGGCUUGCAAAAGGCUCUGCAAUGGGCUCUGGGGGCCAGGACCGAGGUCAAGCACUUGCUCGAUGUCCAGGACGCGUACUUCGCGCCGGUGCGGAAGUUGCCGACCGAGAUUCUAUUCGAGAUCUUCUUCCUGUGCUGCGGGCAGAGUACCAGCCUCGUUGGCGAGAGAUGUACUCCGCUCGAUCUCAGUGCUGUAUGCAAGUUCUGGAGAGAUACCAUGCUCAGUAUUCCAGAAAUAUGGACCAACUUCGAGCUGUAUAGCGACGACCAGCAGUCUGGGCCCGUCAACAGAGAUUUGCUCGCGCCCAGACUGAAGGCUUUCCUGGCUCAUUCGAGAGAUCUUCCUUUGCCGCAGCGCAUUGAGUAUUUCGCAGACCCGGAGAGCAAUCUCGGUAGAUGGAACGCCGUGGCUUUCGACAUUUUCCUACAAUACUCGCAUCGCUGGACCUCCCUUCGGAUAGUCCCUGGUGUGGCGCGCGCAGAAGCGAGCCCCGACUUCGACGUACUAAGGGGGCGGCCUCUGUCCUGCCUCACUACCCUCGAAGGGAAUGUCACGGACAUAUGCGAGGCGGGUAUCGGUGGCCUCUUCAUGAUCCCGACUCUACGCUGUCUGAAGCUCACGCACAAAUCAUCGACCGACUUCGCGUGGCCGGAGCUGCCGUGGAUGCAGAUAGAGGAGCUACGUACAAACUCGUGCGCUCGACAUGCGUACAGUGUUCUCUGCCGGUGCCAAAAUGUGGAAGUCUACAGCCAUAAAACCACGGUCGAAGAACCUCUUUCCAGCGAUGGCCUCCUCAAUACCGUGCUACCACGCCUCCGACAUCUAUCGUUGGACGUUGCAUGCGAAGCGAGCAUAACACUACUUGGCUUCCUUGUGACUCCCGUUCUAGAGGUUCUUUCCUUGGCUUACGCGCCAGGGUUCCUGCUGAACGACCGCCGUCACGUCGAGCGCCUUGUAGCGCGGUCGUCCUGCCGCCUCCGGGAAUUGCAUCUCAGUGGAGCGCCUGAGGCCGAGCAAGAAUGUGUCCUUUCGCUCGGCGAUUUGACAAUGCUCGACAUUGGUAGUGGCAUCAGUAUAUCCAGCCCGCAUAUCCGGCGCACUCUCCUGGAGGAGCUUGGGGUUCUGGACGGCCACGGGGCGCCGCGCGUACUUCCGCGACUGCAGACUCUGCACUUAUGGGCCCUGGCACCUAGGCACGAGCUAUUGACUAGUGCGCUGGAGGAGAUGGUCCUGGCACGGCGAGCGAUGGGGUUCCCUCUCAAAGCAAAUCUCGUCUACUUCCACCCUAUCACACAUGAGAUCGUCGACGCGGAGUUCACUUGA